CCCAGAAUCAUUCUGAAGAAACUUUCCCGUUCAUUUGAACUUCAAAAUGUGACCUCUCCUCGCCCGAGCUCGCACUAGCUAGCUGGUAACACUUAUUCAUCGGGGGCGUAACCGCCGAUACCCUAAUAUUCCUUUCACGAACCAACCCGUGGGUGCGCGCAGCAUGAACGUUCUGAACGUGGCGGAGAAGCCCUCUGUGGCGAAGUCCGUCUCCACCAUCCUCUCCCGAAACCAGGGCAUGAGAAUGCGGGAGGGGCGUUCCCGCUAUAAUAAGAUCUUUGAGUUCAACUACACCAUUCGCGGCCAACCCUGCCACAUGCUCUUCACCUCCGUCACCGGCCAUCUCAUGGAGCUCGAGUUCGACGAGCGUUACCGCAAGUGGCACGCGUGUAAUCCCGCCGACCUCUUCCGCGCCCCUGUCCAUAAAUCCGUCCCGGAGGACAAAAAGGAUAUCAAGAGGACGCUGGAGGAGGAAGCGAGGAGGUGCCAGUGGCUUGUUUUGUGGCUCGAUUGCGAUAGAGAGGGUGAGAACAUUGCGUUUGAAGUGAUUGACGUCUGUACUGCGGUGAAUCCUCAUCUUACUAUAAAACGGGCUCGGUUUUCUGCAUUGAUUGAGAGAGAGAUCCAUCAUUCUGUUCAGAAUCUUGAGGAGCCCAAGAAAUGUCUUGCUGAUGCUGUCGAUGCUAGGCAGGAAAUAGAUCUCCGUAUAGGCGCUUCUUUCACGAGGUUCCAGACCAUGUUGAUGAAAGAUGCUUUUGUCAUCGACACUGCUACAGAUGGCAGAAACCUUGUCCUAAGUUACGGCCCUUGCCAGUUUCCUACACUUGGAUUUGUCGUGGAAAGAUAUUGGGAGAUACAAGCACAUGAGCCAGAAGAGUUUUGGUCUAUCAACUGCGCUCAUGAUUCAGAUGGACGCAUUGCUAAGUUCAGCUGGAUGCGAGGCCACUUGUUUGAUUAUACAUGUGCAGUUAUAAUAUACGAGAUGUGUGUUGAGGAACCGACAGCAACAGUGACAAACGUUAGACAACAGGAAAAACUGAAGUAUCCUCCACAUCCUUUGAAUACCAUUGAGCUAGAAAAACGUGCUUCAAGAUACUUCAGGAUGAGUUCUGAGCACACAAUGAAGGUGGCAGAAGAACUUUACCAAGCUGGUUUCAUCAGUUAUCCCCGUACAGAGACUGAUAAUUUUUCUUCAAGGACUGACUUGCAUACAAUUGUGCAAGAACAACAAGGGCAUCCUGAGUGGGGAGUAUAUGCACAACGGUUGUUGGACCCUGGGACAGGGCUUUGGAGAAACCCUAGAGGUGGUGGACAUGAUGACAAGGCUCAUCCACCCAUUCAUCCAACAAAAUUUUCUACCGGAGAAUCUGGAUGGAGCCAAGACCACCGUAAACUGUAUGAGCUGGUUGUUCGCCACUUUUUGGCAUGUGUCUCAAAGCCUGCUGUAGGAGCUGAAACCACCGUUGAAAUUGGUAUUGCUGGUGAACUAUUUUCUGCAUGUGGGAGGGUGAUUCUAGAGAAAAACUACUUGGAUGUUUAUCACUACGAAUCUUGGGGUGGAUCACUGAUUCCAACAUAUACCAUUGGUCAACAGUUCAUUCCAUCAACAUUAAUCCUUGAUUCAGGAGUAACCCGACCACCACCACUUUUAAGUGAAGCCGAUUUGCUGAGUUGUAUGGACAAGGAGGGUAUUGGUACAGAUGCCACGAUGCAUGAUCACAUCAAGAAGCUACUUGAUCGAUUUUAUGCAACUAAGGAUGCUAACACUCGUUUCACACCAACUAAUCUUGGUGAGGCACUUGUCAUGGGAUAUGACGACAUGGGGUACAAACUAUGGAAACCUUAUCUUAGAGCAGUUAUGGAACGUGACAUGAAAUUUGUUAGUGAAGGAAAUAAAAGCAAAGCUGAUGUUUUGGCAACUAGCUUGCAGCUGAUGGAGGCUUGUUUCCUAGAUGCAAGAUUGAAUAAAGGAAAACUUUUAGAAGCCAUGGCAAUAUUUUUUGAAAGAUCUAGUAGAUCGGGCAAUGAUGAGCUACAUGCAAUGGGGGUUGUUCGACGAUGCGGACUUUGUCAAGAAUCAGACAUGGUGCUAAGGAAAAAUCGAGAUGGCAAUUUUAUGGUUGGAUGCUUGGGUUACCCUCAGUGUAGGAAUGCUGUCUGGCUCCCUGGAUCACUAUCAGAAGCGGUUGUGACCACCAAUACGUGCAAUAUUUGUACUCCUGGUCCUGUUUACUUAAUUCAAUUCAAGUUUAGGCAGCUGGAAAUUCCACCAAACUACAGUGUCAACCAUUUGGGAUGCAUUGGUGGCUGUGACGAGAUUCUUUCACAGAUGACAGAAAUAUGUGGCAGGGGAUCUCGCAUGCCAGCAAGACCUCGAGGACCAACUGCGCCACCGAGCAAUGCCCAUCAUACUAACCCACGACAAAGACCUUGUGUGAACUGUCAAGAAACAGGUCAUUCUUCUAAUGAUUGUCCUUUACGCUCUGGGAAUGUCGGACAUCGUGGAAGAAGUGAACAUAAUGGGGAAGCUUCUGUUUCAUGCACUUCGUGUGGAACACCAUGUAUUUUGAGAACUGCAAAUACAGCAAAUAACAGGGGAAGGAAGUUCUAUGCAUGUCAAUCGCAGGAAUGCAACUUUUUUGUGUGGGAGGAUAGCCUCAAUGACGGAACUCGAGGCAGAAGUGCAUCGCGUUCAAAUAGUAUUCCAUCCUCCAAUCCCAGGCGAGCUGGUGGGCGUGGAUCUCGUGGUAGAGGUGGCCAGACUGGAGCUCAUGCUGCUGCCACAACAUUUGUUUCAGCAACCGGAGAUCCUAUUUCUGGUAGAAGGUGCUUUAGGUGUGGUGAUCCAUCUCACUUUGCAAAUGUCUGUCCCAAUCGUGGUGUCUGAUUUCUUCCCAUUUAUUCACCUUGACUGUAUAUAGAAGGAAAGGUUGGCCAUCAAGAACCUUUCUGUUUUAAUUUUCUAUUAUUAUACAUCUGCUUGAAUAAACACUGGAAUAGUGUGCCAAUGCUAAUUGUCAAAUCUUUUUUAUUCAUUCAUCCACUGUCUCUUGUAUAAAGGAACUUGUAACAUCAGCUUGACUUAAAAUAACUGAAGAAUCUGUUUUAA